AAAGGAAAAAGAGCAAAGAAAGGAUGAGGUUAUCCUUUGAGGCACAGCCAUGGAUGACCUCGCUCUCAUGCUCUCCAUCUCAAGCUUCCACUCUCUUUCAAUGGCUAAGCUUUGUAUUCCUAUCACCAUGCCCGCAGAGGAUGCUCUUCUCCAUCGUCGACGGGCUGUUUCUCCUCGUGCUUUUAGGUUUCGCCAUCCAAAAGCUUAUAGUAUUGUUCCGGCGAAGGAGUGGCACGACGGAGGAGGAGAAGCCGUUGCUGGCCAAGGCGCAGCAGCGGCAACAGCAGCCGUUUUUGACCACGAUAAGGUUUACGGUGGGGUUGGUCGUCGUCGGGAUAGUCACCGUCGUGUAUGGUGUAGUCCUCGUGGUUGCCGUCUUCGUGCUUGGCUCCAAGCCUGAAUGGCUUCUCAUCGAGUCCCUUUUCCUUGUUCUUCAGUUCCUCUCCCAUCUCGCAGCCACCGCCGUCGUUGCUCACGAGAAACGAUUCCGAGUGUCAGUACACCCACUCACACUCCGGCUUUACUGGUUCGUGAGCUUCAUUGUCUGUGUUCUAUUCUCAAUCUCAUCUAUCCUCCGACUCGCCGGCGGGAACCCAAUCAAGCCGGAUGACUACAUAUCGCUGGGUAUCCUCCCUUUCUCUCUAGUUCUCCUCGUGCUUGCUGUCAAUGGAGACACCGGUGUUGUGGAGGUCAACGCCAACUCCAGCGGCCGGGAGAGUGAACCAGGAGUUUGUAUCACCGGCUACGCCAAAGCAUCGAUCAUCUCACGAGCGACAUGGACUUGGGUAAACCCACUCCUGGCCAAAGGCUACAAAUCCCCAAUUAAAAUGGAAGACGUGCCAGGGCUUGCACAGGAGCACCGGGCUGAGAAACUCUACCAGCUUUUCCAAAGCAACUGGCCGCGUCCUGCGAGCCGCGCGAACCACCCUGUUCGCACAACACUCCUCCGCUGCUUCUGGCCCCAACUCCUCUUCACCGCCUUCCUCUCCAUCCUCCGCCUCUGCGUCAUGUUCGUCGGCCCAACCUUAGUCAAGAGGUUCGUCGACUUUGCGAGCGGUAAACGCAGCUCUAUCUACGAAGGCUACUAUCUCUGCCUCAUCCUUCUGGCAGCCAAGUUCUUCGAGGUCCUUUGUUCCCAUCAAUACAACUUCCAGUCAGCGAAGCUCGGCAUGAUGAUCCGCUCCACCCUCAUAACCAACCUCUACCGUAAAGGUCUCCGUCUUUCCUGCUCCGCCAGGCAAUCCCACGGCAUCGGCGUGAUCGUCAACAACAUGGCUGUGGACGCACAGCAACUGUCCGACAUGGUGCUUCAACUGCAUUACAUCUGGCUCAUGCCACUGCAAGUCGGCGUCGCUAUCGCCCUCCUUUACUUGUACCUUGGUCCCUCCGUCAUCACUGCCACUGGCGCCGUUGCAGGCGUCAUCGUCUUCAUCGUCUACUGCACUCGUCGGAACAACCUCUUCCAGUACUUCCUCAUGGGCAUGCGCGAUAAGCGCAUGAAAGCCACAAGCGAGAUGCUCAACUACAUGCGGGUCAUCAAGUUCCAAGCUUGGGAGAAUCACUUCAGUAGCCGGAUUCGGAAGUUCCGAGAGGGCGAGUUCGGCUGGCUUUCCAAGUUCAUGUACUUCACCUCCGGCAAUACAAUCGUCCUAUGGUGCGCUACAGUCGUCAUCUCCUCCCUCGUCUUCGCCACCUGCGUCGCCACCGGGGUUCACCUCGACCCUGGUCUCGUCUUCACGGCCACCUCCUUCUUCAAGAUCCUUCAAGAGCCAAUGCGGAACUUCCCGCAAGCUCUCAUCUCUGUCUCCCAAGCCAUUAUCUCGCUGCAACGCCUCGAUGUCUUCUUGACCAGCGCCGAGCUCGAUGAAGCCGCCGUCGAGUACGUCAGCGGCAGCAACGUCGCCAUCGAAAUCCAGGCCGGUAACUUCUCUUGGGAUGAUGAGAACCGCACGCCAUUUCUCAAAGACCUCAACGUAAAGAUCAAGCGCGGCUCCCUCUCCGCCGUCGUCGGCACUGUCGGUUCCGGCAAGUCCUCUCUCCUCUCUUGCAUUCUCGGCGAGAUGCACAAAGUCUCCGGAAAGGUGAGAGUAUGUGGGAGCACUGCGUAUGUUGCCCAAACUGCAUGGAUUCAGAAUGGAACUAUCCGAGAAAACAUCUUGUUUGGAAUGCCAAUGAAUUCAAGUAAAUACAAGGAAGUUCUUCGAGUUUGUUGUUUGGAGAAGGACUUGGAGGUGAUGGAGUUUGGAGACCAGACUGAGAUUGGAGAGAGAGGGAUUAAUCUGAGUGGUGGUCAGAAGCAGAGAAUUCAACUCGCCAGGGCUAUUUAUCAGGACUGUGAUGUUUAUCUACUUGAUGAUGUCUUCAGUGCUGUUGAUGCUCAUACUGGUUCUGAGAUCUUCAAGGAAUGCGUCAGAGGAGCUCUCAAAGAAAAAACAGUCCUGCUUGUUACUCACCAAGUUGACUUCUUGCACAAUGCUGAUUGCAUCUAUGUUAUGCGAGAUGGGAAUAUAGUAGAAGCUGGAAAUUAUGAUGAAUUAGCUGCUUCCGGACCAGAAUUUAUGGGUCUUGUUGCAGCUCAUGAGAGUGCCAUGGAGCUUGUAGAGCAGGGUGCAAAGCAAGACAAUGACCAAAACUCCGGGCCAGAGCAAGCUGCUAAGUCGAAUCAGAAACAGUCAGCCGGCAACAAUGCGCAGGAAGGAUCAACGAAAACAGAGAAGGGAAGCUCGAAACUCAUCAAGGACGAGGAACGCGAGACCGGCCGUGUCAGCUGGAGUGUCUACAAGACUUAUGUGACUGAAGCUUGGGGAUGGUGGGGAGUGAUUGCAGUCUUGCUGGUUUCACUGGCAUGGCAGGGCGCUAACAUGUCAUGUGACUACUGGUUGGCAUAUGAAACAUCAGCUAAAAAUGCGGCUUCCUUCAGUCCCUCUUUUUUCAUUGAAGUAUACGCAGGCUUAGGGGCUCUUGCUGUCAUUCUAGCGAUAGUUCGAGGUUUCCUUAAUGCCUACCUGGGGCUCCAGACUGCUCAAUUAUUUUUCGAACAGAUCCUCAACUCUAUACUGCAUGCUCCAAUGUCAUUCUUUGAUACUACACCUUCAGGAAGGAUUCUAACACGGGCAUCAUCAGACCAAACCAACAUCGACGUGUUCCUUCCCCUCUAUAUGGGAGCUACUGUUUCAAUGUACAUCACUGUGCUCACCAUCAUCGUUGUUACUAGCCAGGUUGCUUGGCAAACCUUCAUAGCUGCUAUUCCAUUAACAGCACUGAACAUUUGGUACAGGGAUUAUUACCUUGCGACAUCUCGGGAGCUAACUCGUCUUGAUUCAAUCACAAAAGCCCCCGUUAUUCAUCACUUUUCUGAGACAGUUCAGGGUGUGACCACAAUUCGAUGCUUCAAGAAGGAAGCUAGAUUUUCCCAAGAAAAUGUUAACAGAGUUAAUUCAAGUUUGCGGAUGGAUUUCCACAACAAUGCAUGCAACGAAUGGGUAGGAUUCCGGUUAGAAUUAUUUGGUUGCAUUGUCGUCUGCAUUGCUGCUUUGCUCAUUGUCAUGCUUCCUGCAGAUAUUAUCAAACCAGAGUAUGUAGGCUUAUCCCUGUCCUACGGCCUCAAUUUGAAUACUGCAUUGUUUUGGGCUGUAUGGACCAGUUGCUUCAUUGAGAAUAGGAUGGUCUCGGUUGAAAGGAUAAAGCAGUUCACCAAAAUUCCUUCUGAAUCAGCAUGGGAGAUCAAAGGAAACCUUCCUUCUCCAAAUUGGCCCACACGAGGAGAUAUUAGUAUUCAAGACUUGAAGGUUCGAUACCGGCCGAAUACUCCUUUGGUUCUCAAAGGCAUCUCACUCAAUAUCCAUGGUGGAGAGAAAAUUGGAGUUGUUGGUCGAACAGGGAGUGGAAAAACAACACUGGUACAAGUUUUCUUUAGACUUGUUGAGCCUUGUGGUGGAAGGAUUGUAAUUGAUGGAAUAGACAUCUGCACAUUGGGACUUCAUGAUCUCAGAUCACGCUUUGGUAUCAUACCUCAAGAGCCUGUUCUCUUUGAAGGAACAGUGCGAAGCAACAUCGAUCCAAUUGGAAAAUAUUCAGAUGAUGAGAUAUGGCAGAGUCUUGAGCGUUGCCAACUUAAAGAUGCAGUAAUUUCAAAACCCGAGAAGCUUGACGCAUUAGUUGUUGACAAUGGGGAGAACUGGAGUGUGGGACAGAGACAGCUUCUUUGCCUGGGCAGAGUAAUGCUAAAGCGCAGCCGAAUCUUGUUCCUGGAUGAGGCAACUGCUUCAGUGGAUUCUCAGACUGAUGGAGUGAUUCAAAAGAUCAUCCGUGAAGACUUUGCAUCUUGCACCAUUAUCAGCGUUGCUCACAGAAUACCGACAGUCAUGGACUGUGACCGAGUGUUGGUUGUAGAUGCAGGCUUGGCAAAAGAAUUUGACAAACCAGCAAACCUGAUUGAACGCCCGUCUCUCUUUGGUGCAUUGGUUCAAGAGUACGCAAACCGCUCCAGUGAGCUGUAGAUAACAAUGAAGAAAAUGCGAUGCUGACUCACUGAUGACCUGGUGGUUGAAUACCUUUGAGUUAUUAAGAAUUUUGCCAGUGAGUCGCAGAGUGAUGAUCAUGAACAUUUGGAGGCAUAAUCGUGAGGGAAACAAAUAAUGUUCAUGUCAUACUAAAGUCUAUUUCUUUUCUACCAGAAAAUUCUAUGUUUGUGAUCUGAACUUCAAAAUAAGUUUACACAAUUGUGUGGAACUCCAGAUAAUGAUGUUUUUAAAUUGGAUGGUCGAAGGGCAAGAAUAAGGGCCUUCCACUGUAAAAUUAGUCCAAUAAAAUUAGAGUUUGCUUAUUUUUUUUAA